AUGUCUGGCUUCACAGCCCUCAACGUCGAACCAGAAGACACAUUCGAAGAGGAGAUCGACGACACGAGGGAAAUCCAGCUUGAAGAAGCAUUCAAACUUUAUCAAAAUGCCUUGAGACUCCACUCCCAAGGUCCCGAGUACGUCCAAGAAGCUCUUGAGGCCUACAAAGAGCUGUUGCAAUCAGAGGUCUUCAAGUACCCUGAAGUCGUUUCAGAGUUCGCCCACGAAGAACUCGACGAUGAAGUCAUCCCAUCAAGCGCUCAGCUCGACGCCGGAUCACUUCCACUGCUCCCCAGUAACGCCGCCGAAUCGUCUGCCAGCUCAAUCCCUCAGCUCAUCUACCUCGCCUUCAAAAAUCGAGGCCAGUUGCUGUUAGACAUCGCGCACCAUCAAUUGUCAAACAAGGAAGGCUCGCGUUCUGAUUUAUGUCAGCAUUACGCGAAAGCUUGUGAUGAGAGUCUGCGAGAUUUUGCCAAAGCCUUGGAGCGAGACGACACCGACCUUGACUUGUGGAAAAAGGCUGCUCGUGUUGCGGACGUGUUGUCGACACAGAGAAUAGCAAGAUUCUGCUUGGAGAGCGUGAUCGCUGCAGAUGAUGAGGAUUUUGAGCACUCGAUAGAUCUGUCCGGUCUCGAUGAAGCAUUUGCAGCGGGAGAACUGGACGAGGUCGUUGCCUUGAUCCAAGAUGACCUUACUCAACUUCGUGGAUCCGAGAUGCGGCCCAAAAGCAAAUUGUUGGCUCGCUUGAAGAGGACGAAUGACCCAUAUCCAUUCCUUCCAAAGCGUGCGAAAGUUCUUGAAUACAAUGAUGACAGAUACCGGCCGCUAAGUUUUGCUGUGGGCCAAAUCAAUUUGAAACCAUCAUCCCCCGAUCUUUUCUCCCUUGGCCGGGUCAUCCGUGACACUGUUCUCGGUAUUCAAGAAGGCUCUAUGGCAUUGAGCACAGCCACCAUCGUUCGUGCCGAACUGCAGCAUCCGAGACUCAUGCUAGAUGACACCGAGAUGACUUUGAAUCCCGACAACAAACCCGGGACAGACAUGCCACCCGUCGACAACUCUCCUUCGGAGUCGAAAGAAGCACCGUUGUCUCCUACCACCUCCCGAAGUCAGCCUGAUUCAACCAUAGAAGUGGAAUCAUUGACCUUGAAGCAUGCCAGCGAACCUGAAGGUGGAAAAGAUAAGGAGACUAAAAAGAUUGAAGAGCCAGAUGGAGACACGAUUGAGGUUGACCAGCCACAUGAGGGAGUGUCCGAAACUCCAAUAGUAAAUACACGGAAGCGGUCCGCUACAGCUGCUGGCAAUGAGGAACCUGAAGGUCGCACGAAAAGCAAACGGAUCCGUGCGAGGGAGUCGUUGGCCGGAAUGGCCGCCCAGGAGGAUGAGACAAUGCAUGAGGAUGUUCAAGCUUUCCAGGACCAACUUGCUGUUCUUGACCAGGCGGAUCAACUCACGUUUGAAUCUGCCAACCUGCUCCUCCAACCGAUUGGCUUGAAGCUGUUUGAUUCUGCUGCUGAUGUUCGAGAAGCGUUCUGGCAAGGGGACGACAAGCUCAGCAACGAGGAGACAUCCAAGGGAGCUCAUAUGGAUUUGCAACUUCUUGCCGACCUCAAGAAUGCUCUGCUGGAAUGGUCUGACGAAAAAAGCCAUGCCAUUCUACAUGGGCAUGGCAACCAAGAUUUUGUCGAGAAUUCCGCGGGAAUGUCGCUGUUUCUGCAGCACUCCAAAAUUGCCACAUCAAAAAGACCCAUUGUACCGACCGGCUCUGAUGAAGCAGCCCUUGUCUCGGCAGUCACGCAGAUCAACGCUGGGGCGACCAACAUCUAUGAUGCGGCAUUUUACUGGCUCUUUUCGGUUCUUAGCAGCGCUCAAGGCGAAACAACGGCGUGCACUUCCUCUUACUUGCAAGACGCAUGGAAUGAAGACAUGAAGGAAACCGUGGUACAGUUGGCCUUGGUCGCCGAACCUCAGUUAUAUGAAACCAUGCGUCAACGCCUGGACUGGCUGGCAACUUCACAAACUGGGACAGGUGCCCAACGGGACUUAGAAGUCGCACGUCACUUUGAAUUUGCGGAGACUCUGUUCGAAAUGCAUCUCGACUUGUAUUCGGCGGCCACUAGGCCAAAUGCCAAGGUCGACGAGGUGACUCGCGUCGGUCAGCGCGACCGCUUGAUGAGAUGGUCAAGUCUCGCGGAUGAUUUCAUGCACCUCUACAUCGAUAACUCGGCCGAACCAACAAUGACGGACCCUCUCGUUUUGAGGCUCAUCUGGGCAUCGACCAUCUACGCUACCUUGGCCGAAGAAGUCGACAAGACACAUGUCGUAUUGUGCCUGGAAGAUUUGAGAACAGUGUUGGAGCAAACGCAUGUCGACCCAAUCUUUCUCCCGAAUAAUACCUCCAUGCCGGUCAUAUCCGUAUCGGCCAUUGACCAAGAACUGUCCCGCCUCAACACUUUGGACUUCUUUACGAGUGUUUUCAACAGUGACAACAGCGACCCAGUGGCGGUGAUCGAGAAGCUGGAGCCUAUAUUGGAGGCUAGUGCGCGUUCUCUCGAAGAUGAUGGCUCAAACCCCGAUCUUCUGGCCGGCCUGACACCACAAGCCGACCAACUAGUCAGUUUCUUAGAAUCUGGCGAUGCCGCCCUCAAAUUGUUUUUAUGGCGACGCCUGCAGAACGCAUACACAGCGAUUUCGUAUACUCCAAAGGUCGUCUCCUGCCUGCUGAGAGCUCUCGAGACGAGUGUCAAUCAACUGUAUACUUCCCGACAUCUUGAGGCAGAUGCUCCGGACCGCCAAAUCUCGAUGCUCAAAUGGUUGCGGGAUAUUGAUGAGAUUCUUGCUCGGCUACUUGCUAAGGUCCUCGAUGAGCCCGCCGCAUAUGAAUGUAUCGAUGACUCUCACCUUCGGUCGUCGUUGAAGGCUACGACCGCGCUUGCUAAGCUGCUUCACGGUUUUGUGAUCUAUGAUGACUCCAUCAGGAUAGGUCAGACGCCCGGUCCACAGCUCAAGGGCACCGCUUCGACGAAGUUGUACGAGAAGAGUAAAGACCGCUUCAAGGAACUCUUGAUCCGCACGUGGAUUUUGCAGUACACUCUUGUCAAGGAAGCUACUGUUCAAGAUCGUGCUUCAUAUCCUCGCGCAGGUGAUGAUUUGGCAGAAUAUCUAAUCAAUCUUCAUCAUGCUAUGGGUAUGCGGCAGUAUUGCAAGCAUGCCAACAAGGCGAUUGUCAAGUUGGUCAAGUCCGAAUUGGACACACUGGAGACCACUCAGGACUAUUCGGAAGACUUGGCCCAGGUAUUCUUCGAUCUAUAUCAGCUUCGAUUCGCCAGCGGAUUUGGCGAUGCAGACCAUGGUUGUCCCCCAGAAAAUAUCGAUCGAAAGACUGCUUGGCCAUUAGUUCCGACAAUCAUGAAAUACGCUGAGCGCCACAACAUCAAGGACCUGAUCAAAAGUGAGCUCAGGACCACGAUCGAGAAGGUCCAGCAGGCGUUGGGCACGGUGAAAAGCAACCCUGCGCUUGCAUAUAAUAAGCGGAUAAUAACUGCGUACCUCAAGUCGACCAUCGUCCCGGAAGAUCUGUACCGAAGCAUUCGUGGCAUUGGCGAUUUGCCGACUCGUCCAGUACAUGGCGACACGCAGGUCGCUGCUAGCUGUGGAUGGUAUUUCCUACUGGGUCACUUGACUCUUGCCAAAUUCAAGUCGGUCAAACGGGUCAACCCCACGGCCACCGACGAUUUGGACGUGGCCGCUGGGUUUCUUCGGCAAGACCUGGACCAUAACAUUGAGAAAUGGCAGAGCUGGUACCGUCUCGCACAAGUUUACGAGGCCAAGAUCGAAGACGAUCUUAUCUGGAAUGCUACGAAACUGAACGAAUCUAGAGGCGAGAUUGCUCUGCUAGAACGGCAAGCCAUACACUGUUACAUCAUGUCGACUGCCAUGGCGAUGAGGUUGGCGGACGCGACCCUCGAGACGGCGCAUAUGAUUGAAGAUAUGCUCGCAGAGUUUGGGAGCCGUCUGUAUGCGUCGUCUAGGCCUCCAUUGAACAUGGAAGCUUUCAGAACGGACGAACAACAACGUCCCUUGAGCAGCAGUGUGGACCAGACCAUGUCAAAACAACCCUUUCAUCCCCCUAUUCGCGAGUAUUCACUAUGGAGGUUUGCUGCUUAUCUCCUGAGCAAAAAGCUUACCGAUCGACCAAAGCAUUGGACGGUGCAUUACACGCGCGCAAAGUGUUUAUGGAAGAUGUUUCAGUCACCUGAAAACAAUGGUCGCGUCUCGGCGGAAGAUGUACUUGACGCCAUCACGGAAUCCAUCGAAGCAUUGCCCAAGAAAGAAAAGUCGAAUGAACCUAUUUUGGAGCCGCAUUACAAACUCGUGUCGGUGAUCUACAAGAUGGUCAAGGCUGGCGCGCUCACGUAUACACAAGCCAAGGAGUACAUGCAAGCGACCCGGUACGCCCACAAUGUCCGCCUAGCGGAGGACGAAGAAGGCCCGCUGUGGGUGUCGUAUGUCCUCGAUAUCUUGAAGAAGCUUGGCAACGCCGACAAGUCCAACUGGCAUCAUCGCAUAACAGCCCGUGCUGCCCACGUCAUAUACGACGACGACGCCACUGCCGCCGGGGCUCUUGGAGCUAGACACCAAUUUACGCAACAGAUCUUCACCAAAACCAUGACAAUACAGGUGUGGAAGCCCGAGAAUGAGCGUCCCGGCCGGCACUAUGUCUAUACCGGUCGGUAUGUUACUUUCUUCGUGCACUUGUUGGAGCAACUGAAGGACCGAGCCAACAUGGACCAAUUGGUGCGGCGGAUCCGGAGGAAGACCACCGACUUUCUUGACCACGGCAAACUGUGGGAAGAGGUUGUCACAACCUAUGUGCGCCUGAUGCGGCGCAUUGGGAACAUCCCAGAAGGCCGUGAACGCGCUCUCUUUGAUGGUAUGAACUUUGAAGAGUUUACCAAGCGGUCGGAGAAAAUGGAGACCUGGGCCCGAGACCCUGAAACUUCGUCGGUGUUUCUAGACGUCAUGCGCGAUGCCAUCGACCUCAAACGACUCAACAACAGCUUGAUGAAAGGACCCUUGAUCGACGACCUGAUCGGUGACUCAUAUGCUUGCUUAUAUGAAGAGUUUGUCAGGCAGCUGCCUCCCGAGGAACAGCCGAAACCACAGGCGGCCGUGUUGCCCCAGGGCACUUUCAUCAACAUGACGACGGAUCUGGCAGGUGACAGUGAAGAUGCCGAACGCGCGCGGCUGAACGACAUGCUUCGUGCGCAAGGCGAUGGUGCUGCCGACGGACCUCUGGCGGUCUCCAUAUCCGCACCUGUGGGUCUGGGUCUUCAGACGCCUUCUGCCCUUAUGGGGAUUGUUGGUCAAGCCGAAGUACAGCGAGUACCAGGUAAACCCGGCCGUACAAAGACGGUGACCAGACGCGAAGUCCAGCGGAAGGCCGAAGCCGCAAUUGUCAAACCCCCGCCCAUCAAGACCCCAAUCCUGAGCAAGCGGCCUAUUGUGGAAAUACCUCGCAGAGAUGUGGAGUCGCCCAUGGACAGACGUCUUGCAGAGGCCCGAGAUGAAGACCAGGAGGCUAGCAGACCCAGUUCACAGGGUGGCAGUGUUCAUGACAGCGCGGAUGGCGAAGCCGAUGGAGAAGAGAAUUCGGGUAGCGAACUCAGCGACCUUGAAGACAUGGGCGAUGAGAAGAAACAACUUCUCUCAGAGCUUCAGAAUGCCAGGGACCAUGGUGGUGAAGUGGAAAACGAAGGGGAUGGUGGCGACGACGAGGAGAACGAGGAUGAUGAUGGCGCUGGUGGCGAUGCUGGUGAAGAUGGUGGAGAAGGUGCCGAGAAGGAGGUUGUCGAAGGCUCGGGAGAAGAAGACGACGGUGCCGGAGAAGACGAAGAGGAAGGGGAAGAAGGCGAAGAUGAAGGGGAAGAAGGCGAAGAUGAAGGGGAAGAAGGCGAAGAUGAUGAAGGUCUUGAGGAGCCUGCCGGCCACUCAGCUGAUCGACAGAGGCCCAACGUCGACGACAGUAUCGAGAUUCAAGAUUCUCAGGAGAAUGCUGACGGCGCCGGCGCCGGCGGCAGGGAGAGCACAGCUGAUGGGGAGGCCUCCAGCACCGUCUAG